AUUAGACUCAGUUGGUUCGAGAUGGGGAAUGUAUUCUCUUCGUUUGCCCUACGCCCAGCCCAGUCCUCUGGGCUCUCACCAUCUCCGACGGAGGAGACUGGACAAAAGGUGCCCUCAGUCCAAGAGACGCAUGCUGAAGAAGAACUGAAAAGCUCAGUUACAGAUGAAAAACCACUUGAAGAACCAGAAAGCAAUGAUACAUCCUAUGGUGUCGAAGCAACUGCUGUUAGGACCCUUGCUGCGUCUACAGGGACUGUUGCUAUUCUGGGAACAACCGCUAAAGUGAAGGAGUUAAGUGAACCAGCGAUUGCUGACAUCGGACAAUCACUGGCCGAAACUGAAAUAAAUGAUGCCAAUGAAAUCACCUCCAAAGUUUUGUCUCAGAAAGAUAAAACAGACAUUGUAGUUUCCACUGAAAAGGAAGAAGUACCCAUUGAAGGUGUUGCUAAUACUUUGAAUAAAAGUAUAGAAGAACAAAGUAAAAAAUGUGAGGGUAUAUUGGAAAAUAAGGAAGAUUUACACACCCUAGAAAUUGAUAUAGGGAAUCAACUUAGGGAAGGAAAAGAUGAAAUAAAAGAAGAAAAAGAUGUGGGAAAAAAGAAAGAGAAAAUAGAAGAUAUAAUGGAAGGAAGUGAAGUAAAAGACAAAGAAGUGGAACAUACAGAUGAAAUAACAGUAAAAGAAGGGAACAUUGACCAAUCUUUGGUGUCUGUACAUGAUAAAUUAGAAACAUUGUCUACGCCUGAAUCCACAAAUGCAUACUCCACGAAUAUUGUAGUUGGAAUAGAAAAAGAACCAGUUAGAAUAGUCGACUAUCAAGAAAAGAAAGAUCGAGCUCAUGAGCCUAAAAUUGUAGAAGAAAUGUCAGUAAAAAAAGAAGAAAUUGUUAGUAAGGUAAAUCAUCCAGGAGACAGUGGUUUUAAAAAAGAAGAGGACUUUGAAAAAAAUGUAUCUAUUGAAAAACAAAAAACGGAACUGAUUAAUGAAGAAAGUCCAAAGAAAAAUUCGAUUUCCAUUGAAGAAUUAAGCAAAACAACACCGGAAUCAGAACAAGUUUCCCCAGAAGCUUCAAAAACUGAAGAAGAAAAUGAUAUAUCAAGUGAACAAUUGAAAACAAACAGUCUCUCUGAUAUGUCACUUUCUGAAAACCUCAAUUCUGAAGGAGAAGAAGCAGCAAGAGAAGCUGCAAAAGCACUAGAACUAAGAGAAAUGGUUGCGUCACUUUCUGCUACAGCUAAUUCCAUAACACUUGAUACUGAUAUAAGUGAAAAUAUCAAUAACUCCAAGGAUGUCUCGAUAAGUAAUACCGCAGUUAGUCCAAGUUUGCAUUCCUCCGAAAAACCUGGACAAGUCACGGAGGAAUCGUCAACACCAAACGAUGUUCCCGACGAAAAACAAGAAGUAAAUAUUGAUAAAUCAAUUGAAAUAGCUCACAAUAUGAGUGAUCAUUCUUCUGAAAUAGAGAUUUCAGCGGUUUCCAUUCCUGAAACAUCUGAAGAGACAAUUUCUACUUCUGAAAAUUCUCAAGAGGAAAAGGAGCCAAAACAGGACAUAAAAAAAGAUCCAGAAAAUUUUGUUGAUACGUCGAAACUUAAAAUAAUUGAAUAUGAUAUUCAGGAUAAGGAGAAUGACGAAAAAGAAAUGGAAAUGCAAAUUAAUGAAGAAAAAGAAGCGGACAUUGAUAUAAUAGAUAAAACAAUAAUACAAAAAACACCUGUUGAAAAUCAAGAAAGUGAGAAUCAGCAGAAAUGUAUAUUAGAUUCAAAAGAAUCUGAAGAAAAUGCAGUUGAAGGUGAAGUAAAUGGAUCUAAAGAAAAAGAAGUUGAACUCGAAAAUAAUGAAAGAGUAAGUGAUAUCAUAAAAUUGGAGCCAAGUGAAACAAAAGAACAGAUAGAAGAACAUGAAAAAACAGAUCUAACAGUAAGUCUAAAUCAUUAUACUAAGGAACAAAUUCAUGAUAAAGAAGUUGAGGGGGAACAAAUAGAAAAAGAAAAUAAAGUUAUGGAAAAACCUGAAGUGAAAGAAGACGAUCAUGAAACGAUAGCAGCUGCAACCAUAAUUCAGUCUAGUUUUCGAGGAUACCAAGUAAGAAAACAUUUGAAAGAAGAUGAGGAUGAAGAAGUGAUCAAGCAGAUGUUGGGAGAAGAAGAGGAAAAUAGUUUUGAGGAAGAAAAAAACCUGUUAAAUGAAAGUCUAACGAUAACCCCAGAAGUGUUUGACAAGAAAGGACUAGUAGAGGUACAGGAAAAUGAUUUAUCUACAAGGAGUGAAUCAAUAAUAUCCGAAACUGAAGAAGAAAAGGCGAAGCAUUUACCUGAAAGUCUAAUGAAAAUUGCACAAGCUGAAGUCGACAGAAUUUGUAAGGAAGCUGAAAAUGCUACUCAGUCACUCAUGACUCCUCCACAGGUGAAAGAUAGUUUAGACAUAGAGGCUCAAGAAGAAGAUUUUCCCGCCCCACCAGAUGAAUUGCUUACUAGUGAAAGCCAGAAUGAAGAAAUCAAAGAAGACCACUCCAGCUCAGGAACAACCGAACCAACGAUGCCCCUCGGCAGUAAUCAUACUGAAGGUGAUUCCUCCAAGACAGAGGAUACAACUGCUCCAUCUCUUGCUGAGUCAGAAAUGCCUAAGGCAGCAGGCCAGACCCCAUCUCUGCAAAAUGAUGAUUUUCGACUAGAAUCUUCUGUAACUGAAAACGUGAAUACAGAAAUAGCUCUGCAGAGAGACUCCACUGAAGGAGAAUUAACAAUGGAAGAAGACUCCACUAGAGAAGAUGAUGUCCUCCCUCCAACUCAAUCAUAUAUUGUUAGAAAGAUUGACGAUGAAGACAGUUUAUCCCCCGAAGAAGAGAAAGCUGCCACUGUGAUACAAGCUGGGUAUCGUGGUUUCAAGACGAGGAAGCGUCUUAGAGAAGAAUCGUCAACUAAUUCAAAUACUGGAACUGUUGAACAAGAGUACAUUGAUAAUGAAUCGAGUGGUUUCAAAAUUUCUGUAAAAGAUGAUGGUGAAUCAAUUAACUCAGAUUCACAAUCAGAUGAUAAAUCAGAAAAAGAUCUUAAUGAUUCUGCUAAAAAGAUUCAAGCUGGGGUGAGAGGAUAUCUAGUAAGAAAAAAACAAAAGGUGGAGAGAGAUGCUGCAGUCACAAUCCAAUCUCAUUUUAGAGGAUUUAAAACCCGCCAACGCUUGAAACAGGAGUCUACAUAAACUUCACCUGAUUGAAUCUAAUAUAUUCUUCACAUAUAUUUUUAUAUCAUUAAUUAAUAAUUUUUUUUUGUAAUCACAUUGUUAAUUUAAUGUAAUUCAAGAAAACCUUAUAUUAUUAAUCACUCAAUAGAUGAAUAACCAAAUGUUGAAAUGUUUUGUCUUAAUAUGUAAGUUGUUCCUUAAAUAUUUUAAGUGUUAAUAAUUAACAUUUGGUUAUAUAAUGUCUAGUCAGUUUUUAUGUAUACCUUUUAUCUGGCACCUUCUGUGCUUUACAAGUAAAAAAUAUUACUUAGCAUCACUUUAUUUGUUAUGUAACUUUUUAAAAUGAAUUUUGGUGAACAGAUGAUUGAAUGAUUGAAAUGUUUUUUGUUUUUUUAAACUUAUUUAAGGAUAAUUUAUUAUCAUUUGGUUGAUAAGAUGAUUCAGAAUCAUAAAUUAGAUAUAGACUAAUGUACUGAAAAAGUUUAUAUCAAUUAUUAUUAUUUUUAAUUUUACUCCAAAUUAAAUAAAACUAUAAAGAAAUAUUUUUAAUAUAAGAAUCAAACUACUCCAAAGAAAAAAUCGCACUCAUGGGCAAUAUUGUAUCUACUGUGUUAUAGUGUGUAACAAUUAAAAUUAAAAAAAAAAAAUUAUCAAAGCAAUGACCAAUAUAUCUACUCUCAUUCUUGUUCAUAUGUAUUCUACAAGAAGUUAAUGUGAAUCAUUGCUUAUUGCCUAAUACAAUUCUAAUUCACAUAAAAUGUAUUUUCAUGUUUUUAAAUUAUCAGUGUUGAUAAUAAAAUUUGACAACAAUUUCUACUCAAAUGCAAUUUUUUUAAUAAUAUUUUUAUACAUUUUGGUUUUUAACAGAGCUCACAACAAUCAGGACCAACUUUAGAAUUGCCAUUUCUUUGGCUAGCCUAACAUUUAUAUGCACAGACAAAGACGCACACACACACACACACUCACACACACACACAAACACACACCCACUCAUGCACACACGUAAGCGCACACACACACAUACACACACAAAGAAACACAAAUAUAUAUAAAUAUUAUUAUUGUUGUUAUUUUUAUUUUUUCUAUCCAGCCUAGUAAACUAGAUUUUUUUUUUAUUUGUUGGAUAAUGAUCAGAGAUAAUAAUACCUUUCUAAAUUAAUUAUUUAUAUAUUAACUAUGUAAAAACCAUUGAGUAAUAUUGUACAAUGAGAAGUAGAGAGUAACAUAUGUUUAUAUCUAUUGGCUGUGAAAAAGGAAUAAAUAAGGCAAUUACCAUAAAAUUACGCUUGCAAAUAUGCACAGAAAUAUAGGUACAUAAGGUGUUCAUAAUGUAUUGUCUGUAUAAUUUAUAAUUUAGCUGCUUAUACAUUUGAUCAUAAUAAAAUAUAGUUAUAUAUUUAUUUAUAAUCUGUUAAAUGGAGGUAUCUUUGAAAGAUAACAUUUAAGAAUUACUCCCUUAUUAAACAUCUUAUUAAAAUAUUAAAU